UCCAUUCCAAAUCAUUGCCAUAUAUAAAAGAUCUCAUGUGUCACGACAGAGUAAAUAAGAUGGCCUUCAAUUCAAAAAAUCUUGAUGCUUACGACAUUGCUUUAACUAGUGAAGAAUUAACAAAAGAAAAGGAAUCUGUAAAUCAAAGGAGUGCAACUAGGUUUCGAAGGUCAAAGUCCUGCCCUGUCAAAUUUGGAGAUAAUGAAAUUGCAUUCCCUCGUAAUAAUCGUCCGGCGGAAUUUCGAAGAUUCUUAGGAGAACAUUAUAUCAAACCAAAGAGUUAUGUAUUUGAUUUCUUGCGGCUGCGGGAGGAAGCCUAUAAUUCCCGUAAAGAUCGAUUUGUUUCUAUCAUGAAAGAAACAUCGCAAUUCCAUUUGGUAGUGGACACACUCAUUGCAACCGUGACUUUUGCAGCUGGUAUUACCGUGCCUGGGGGCUUCAUAGGUCGAGAAGGCCCACACCCAGGCACUCCAGUUCUGAUGAGAAACCCUGCUUUCAAAGUAUUUAUUAUUACAAAUACCUUAGCCAUGAUGCAAUCUUGUUCUGCUGCCUUUAUCCACCUAUUCAAGCCACUAUUGUUUCACGAGCAGAAUCUUGGAGACUUUUCUUUCCUAGUGGCCUCACUGGCCUUCUGCCUUUCCAUAUCUGCUAUGGGAGCAAUGAUGCUGGCAUUUGUUAUGGGCACAUAUGCUGUGUUAAUGCAUUCCUUGGGUCUUGCCAUUGCCAAUUCUGUCAUCGGAUUGUUCUUCUUCAUCCCCGUCUUUUUCGUAAGUAUUGGAUGUUCACAUUAUUUACUCGAACUAUUGAGGAUGGGUUCGUCUUGGAUUUUUGACAGGUUUUCGGAUUUCUGGGACUGUAUUGUCGAAGGUUGCGAGGACCUUUGUGCGUAUAUUGUCUAUAUUUUUAAUCGCUGUAGAUGAAUUAGUUUUUUUUUUUUUUUUCAUUUCCACGUGCUUGCGAGCCAGUGUAGUAUCCGGAGACUGUUACGUACUUGUUACAACAGUUUCAGUUAUUGCAUCCUCACGCUUUGAUUAAUU